AUGAUUGUUGGUGAUUUGGACCUAUCGAUAGGUAAUAAGGACAUUGUGGCUGAGUCGAGAUCUGGUCUAUUGAAACGUAUUAGUGAGUUACAUCCUUCUUACCUACCAUUGCAAUACCCAAUUUUAUUCCCUUACGGCGAAGACGGGUACAUGGAAGAUAUACAAUUUGUUAGAAGAUCUGAUAAUCUAAAUGGUGGGAGGCACCGUGUCAUGGCAAGGGAGUACUUCUCAUUUAAGAUUCAUGAAAGACAAUCUGAGAUAUCAACAAUUUUGUUUUUGAGAAGAUUGUUCCAACAAUUUUUAGUUGAUUCUUACACCAUGGUUGAAUCUGGAAAACUAAUCUACAUAAGGACAAACCAAAAGGUACUUAGGUGUAAGGCUUACAAAGGUCUUUCUGAUGCUCUAACAAGGGUGGAAUUUCAAAAGCGUGGUCUUCCACAAGCACACAUAUUGUUGUUCUUAGCAAAGAAUGAAAUCAACAGCUCACCGGACUUCAUGGAUGAUAUUAUAUCUACUAAGAUUCCUUACAAGGAGUCUGACAAAGAAUACUAUGAUGUAGUUGAAGAAUUCAUGAUACAUGGCCCAUGUGGAGCUCUAAGGAAAAAAUCGCCUUACAUGGUUAAUGGCAGGUAUGUAUCUGCAUGUGAGGCAACAUGGCGCCUGUUAGGAUUUGAACUGCAAUACAGGACACCACCCGUAGAAAGGUUGAGCUUCCACUUGCCUGAUUGCCAUUCCAUAGUAGUCCAGGAUGACGAUUCUGUCAAUGAUAUCAUAAAUAAAUUUCGUGGACUAACAUAUUUUCAAGACCUUCGUACAUUUAAUGGAGUUGAGUAUGACACAUUCAGAGAUGCAUGUUAUGUAAGGGGAUUACUAGAUGAUGAUAAAGAAUACAUUGAUGCAUUUGAGGAGGCAAGUCAUUGGUCUUCUACUAAAUCAAUGAUAAAACUCUUUGUCACAUUAUUGACAACCAAUUCAUUGAAUAUGCCAGAAGUAGUGUGGGGUUUGGUAUGGCAACAUCUUGCUGAAGACGCAAACAGCACCCAACGAAGAUUACUUCAAAAUAAUGAACUUAUCUUAAAUGAUGAUGAUAAGAAAAUUUUUGUGCUGAUUGAGAUUGAGCGAUUGCUACAAGUCUUAAACAGGUCUUUGAAAGAAUUCCGGCCAAUGCCUCUACCGAAUUUUGACUCAUCAAUGAACUCUGGAAAUAGACUAUUGUACGAGGAGUUGGAUUAUGAUCGUGAAGCUUUGGCUGAACAGAGUGUCCUUUUGGCAAACAAACUUACUAACGAACAAAUAGUGGUUUAUGAUUCAGCCAUUGAAGAUGCUAUGACAAACAAAGGUGGUAUGUUUUUUGUAUAUGGGUAUGGUGGCACUAGGAAGACAUUUGUAUGGAAAGCUCUAUCUUCAACAUUGUGUUCAAAAGGUGAAAUCGUUUUGAAUGUUGCUUCUAGCGGUAUAGCUUCAUUACUAUUACCUGGUAGCAAGACUGCACACUCAAGGUACAAGGUUUUGAAGUUGACUAAGAACCUUUUUUUGAACACUAUUGGUGAUGCUGCUGAAUUUGAAAAACUUGACGUUUUUGCAAAAUGGAUUGCAUCAAUUGGAGAUGGUACAAUUGGUGAACAAGAAGAUGGUUUUGCUGAGAUUGAUAUCUCGUCAAACAUGUUAUUAUCCUCUAACAGUGAUCCCAUUGCAACAAUAGUUCAAAGCACAUUUCCAAUGUUUUCAAAUGAAAGUGUUGAUCAUACUUUUUUAGAAAGUCGUGCAAUUCUAGCACCAAUCCUAGGUGUGGUAAAUGUUGUCAACCAAUACAUGAGUGACAUGCAUGAUGCAGAGAGUCAAACAUACUUGAGUUGCAGCACAGUAUGUAACUCUGAGUCUACUAAUGGCAUUUUGGCUUAUGUCCACACUCCAGAAUUCCUUAAUGGUAUAAGAGCUUCUGGCAUACCAAACGACUCCUUGACCUUGAAGGUGGGAUCUCCUAUUAUGUUACUAAGAAACAUAGAUCAUACUCUAGGACUAUGUAAUGGGACUCGGUUGAUUGUCACUCAGCUUUCAGAACAUGUAAUAGAAGCAAAGAUUUCCACAGGUGAUCACUCAGGUACUAGAGUAUUGGUUCCUCGAAUGACAAUGACUCCAUCAGAUCCCAGAUUUUCAUUCAAGUUUAAAAGAAGACAAUUUCCCGUGAUGCUGUCAUAUGCAAUGACGAUAAAUAAAAGUCAAGGACAAACAUUAUCUCAUGUUGGACUCCUACUAAAAAAACCAGUUUUUGCCCAAGGACAGUUAUAUGUUGCUGCAUCUAGAGUUAGUAAUCCUAAUGGUCUCAAAUUUAUGAUUUGUAAUGAGUUAGAUAGUACUACUAAGUCGACCACUAACGUAGUUUACAAAGAGGUAUUUAAUAAUUUGUAA